AUGGAAAGAUUUUUCUUUUCAGGGCCGGGUAUAAAAGGCACUAUGGCGAUCCUGAAUUGCCUUUUAGCGAGACAACUAUGCUUUGAAGAUGCCUCGUGCUCUGCCAUUUUGGAAAUCAUACCUCGUGUCUGCGGUUCUGAAUUAGUUGCCUGCUCCACCGUGACCGUCACCAAGUGUCAAGCUGCUCUUCGUACUCUCCAAGCGUUUCCAUUCUUCAAACCGACCUGCCUCUGUCGUGAACCAAACGUCGAUCCUGAAUGCAACUCCUUCCGUGACUUUCUAUUCGAUCAUCCAUGCGUGUUCGUGAUGAAAAAAGAGAAAGAUCCAUAUCCCGUGGAGACUCUGCCAACUUGCACCUAUGCUCUGAGUGUUUGUCACAACGAGAAAGCUUGUUCCGUGCUAUUCGAGCGAUUCAAGAACGCUUGUAAAGCCAGGGAUGGGGAGUGUCGUAUGGAGGAGAGGGAAUCUUGUCGCGAGGCCUGGGCUGGUCUUCGCCUGUCUCCACUCUUCGGCUGCAUCUGCCCCAACACUCAUAUGAAGAAGAGAUGUGAUAGGAUUUUCGCUGUCGUGAACCACAACCCAUGCGUCGCGGCAGCCUGGGGUGAAUGUCCGCCGGCAGUCCGGGCGCUGUUCGAGCCGAAGCGGCCGGCUGCCCGGGCUCCACCCCUCACGCGCUAUGCUGCUCCCGACGGUACGAUCCUGCUGCUCACCGAGAACGGCACCAGGCUGAUGACUCGUGCUGCUGCCGCCAGUCUCCUCCGCGCUGCCCUACUCUCCCCGCGCCCCCCUAGACCCCGCCACGUAAAGCUGAUAUCCGACGGACGGACGGCAAAUCGAAACACCACGGCGGUGACUUCAUGGAUCGGUGGUAUGUCCAUAACUCAGGACGGCAACCUUAUCACUCCGGACAAAUUAAUGACACACGUACACCGUUAUGCAAGCCCCCACUACAGGCCCCAUGGGCAUCAUUACCAUCAUUGGAAUCAUGAGCCAGGAGGGAGCGAAGAUCCUCUAUACGCUACCAAGACAGUCUACGGACCAGGCUACAUCGAUGAAAACCAGAGGAUUGGCAAAGAAAACGGUAAAGCAGGUUAUGAGAAGGUGGCCCUACAAUCUACCUGCCACGUUGCAUUGGACGCAUGCAUCAAGGAUACGGAUUGUGUAACAUCACUUACGCCUGUGCUUCAAAAAUGUCACUCAACCGACUGCGAUAGAGAGGGAUGUAUGUCAGCGUUACGAGGAUUCUAUAGGAAGCCUGGUGUACAUUGGAACACGGAAAUCGCAUUCUGUCUCUGCAAGAAAACGGAUAACAAGGAAGAUUCAUGCAUGAAUGCCCAGGAGAGAUUACAUCCAUCUUGCGCACAACGACCAGCUAUAGGUUCACCACUACCCGCCUGCCAUACCCUGGCCCACGCCUGUCGAGAGGAUCCCGAAUGCAGAAUCCGCCUGGAAAACUACGAGCAAUGGUGUGCUGUGGAUGCUGUAACGCAAGGCUGUGCUGGAUCCCCAGCAGCUUGUCGAGCUGCUGUUGUAGCUGUUCUUGGUACUCAGCUGAGAGCUGCCUGCGCUUGCAGAGGAACGGAUUUCGCUCAGCUAUACGAUUGCCUUGGAUGGCAGCGAUUGUUAUGGCUCAAUCCAUGUGUUGUUGAAUCUCAAAGCGAUUACCAUGUCAAGACCUACGGAGCCCUGCACACAACUACUCCAUUCGACAACGGCGUCAGAUACAUGACGGUACCACCAGAGCCCGCAGUUCAUCAUCAUACGACCUCACACCACCACAAACAUACAACUCAACAUGGCACUUCGCAAGUUGAUGUUAUGCAGGAGAAUCGCCAAGAACAACCUCCAAUCACAACAAUGUCUGAACAAAAGAUCCAUAGUGACGCAGAACUGGAAGCAAUCAUUGUGACAACUGUUGAAACCACAACAAUGACCACCACGACGACGACCACAACCACGGCUCCGACCACAACGACCACGACCACGACUACCACGACCACGCCACGUCCGACCACCACAAUGGAACCGACGAAAUAUUGCAUUGUUAAAAAGCCAGAGAGUGAUGAUCAGGCACAAUACAUUAAAAUGGGAGAAACAAGACGUCUGUACAGGUCCGCGGAGCUAGCGGAGUGCACAGACCUGUGCGUCUGUGAGUCAUCGUUGCAGGUUUCCUGUAAGGUCGCCUGUGUACCACGAGCGCCGUGCUCCUCGCGUCUCGCUCACUACUCACACGCAGCGCCCGCCUACCAAGCUUACCGAGGACGAUGCUAUUGUUACUCUGGAUCGUUCAUCUGUAUGAGGCCUAAUCCUGGUGAAUACAAGUUGCCUGAAGGCGUCUACCUCUUGUUGGGGUUCAGUGCCGUGGACGAGGCUUUACUAAGACCUCACACAGGGCUCGGAGCUGAAGAUGCUGUGAGGUUGCUUCAAAGAUACCUCAGGGUCGCGCAUCAUGGAGAGACUAAUUGCACCCUGACUCUGUUCAACAUAAGCAAUGAGAACGUCAUCAUCUCUGCUAGUCUACCACAAAAAGAACAAGAGGCUCUCAAGGAAGCCGGGGAAGCUCUGCUAGAUAGAGAGAAGGAGGCCUGCAUAGACGUGUUGAAAGUAGUGAAGGCUCGCAUCAAUUCACAACACGAGGAUAUUUCCUCCCACCUCCUCCUCUCAAUCUUCAAGAUAGCGGAGGUCGACGUCGUUUAUCCAACGCCUCCCAGCUCCGCGAUAUCCACCAACAGGCCGGACAUCAUCAUCUACAUCAUCAUCUGCCUCAUCACCAUCAUCUACAACCUGAGUGACGUCACUUCAGUAAUCAUCACCAUUACCGGAAUAAUCAAUUCCCUAACGAAUUUAUCUCAACAGACGUCCCUUUCAUCUCAUAACGUUCCUCGUCAGAUUUAUAUCAUAGAAUAUAUUUUAUUUAUAACAAAAUGUGAUGUAUUUAUUAAUGUAAAACCGCACCACGCACUCGCUUUAGAAUACGCACAUAUCAAAUACACGGAUGAAGCUGAAUUAAGUGUAGGUAUAAUAUAUAAAGUAACAGAACAUAUCUCAGCUGUGAAUACAAUAUAUUAUAAUUUAUAUGAUAUUAUUGCUAAUGCAAACGUAACUAAAUAUUUUUCUAGUGUUGUGUAUUACGUAUUCGUAUUUAUUAUGACGGAGAUGCUUCUAGUGAAUUCUUUUAUGGUAAUAUCGCGUCCUCUUCUUAUGGGAUUUCAAUAUCCGUUAGCUUAG